AUGUUAGCCAUCGCAACACCUAAGCAAAGAUAUGCAUUCGAUAAAAUUGUUACAGUUGUGUAUUGUGAUGAAGGGGGUUUUUUCUUCGUGUAUGGUCAUGGGGGUACUGGAAAAACAUUUCUCUGGAACCUUAUGUCUGUUGAGAUUCACUCAAGGGGUGAUAUAGUGUUAAAUGUUACUUCGAGUGGUAUUGCAUCUUUACUUCUUCCCAAUGGAAGAACGGCACACUCAAGGUUCAAAAUAUCACUGAAUAUAACUGAGGAUUCUGAAUGUAACAUCAAACCUGGUUCCCCUCAAGCAAUGUUGCUGUUGAAAGCCAAACUUAUAAUUUGGGAUGAGGCUCCAAUGGUUAGUAGGUACUGCUAUGAAGCGCUUGAUAAAUGCUUGGGUGAUAUCAUGAAGUGUGCUCAAACUAACAAAAAACAUGGAUUCUCUAUAGGAACGACUGCUUCAGAUCAAGAUGAGACAGAGCAAUUUGGUGAGUGGUUAUUGAAAGUUGGUGAUGGUCUAAUAGGUGACAAUAUGGAUGGUGAAUCUGAGAUAUGUCUUCCAGGAGAUAUUGUUAUUCCUUCUUUGGACCAGGCAUUUGAUGAGUUGGUUCAUUUUUCUUAUCCAAAUACUUUGGAAAACAUGUCCUCAAAGGAUUUUUUCAAAGCAAGAACUAUACUGGCUCCCAUACUAGACAUCGUUGAAGAGGUUGGUGUUCUGGUGAUGUUACCAAGGAAUAUUGACCAAUCCAGUGGUCUUUGUAAUGGUACAAGGCUACAAGUUAAGAAGCUUGGAAAUCCUGUCAUAGAAUGUGAAGUCUUAACAGGUAAUAAUGUUGGUCAUAUUGCUUUGAUUCCAAGAAUGAAUAUGGUACCAACAAAUGAAACCGUCCCAAUAGAGGACAUGGGUAGGAACGUAGUGGUAUCAGCACUGCAUACAGCAGCAGAAAAUCAUGGGAUUCCGGUGAUUGUUACCGGGCAUCACCUUGGGGAUGCUAGUGGGAUGGCUCCUCGUUCACACUACACUGCAUUGUCUCAUAAACUUCGAACGGUAUGGAGGAUUAAGGGAGGUUUUGAUUUAUUGGACGUGGGAUUUGACUACUUUCUUGUGAAGUUUGAUGUGGCUGAGGAGCGAGAAAAGGUUCUCUUAGGAAGUCCAUGGAUGAUUGAGGGAAAUUAUGUGGCUGUGAAGCCUUGGGAUUAA